UUCCGGCGGGGCCUUCCUUCCUGCCUGCCUUCCCUCAGCCGGCGGGCCGGGCGUCGGAGGCGGCGAUGUUCGUCCAGGAGGAGAAGAUCUUCGCGGCGAAGCUGCUGCGGCUCCGCAUCUGCUCUCUGGAAGGCGCCGAGUGGCUGGAGGAGGUGCCCGAGGACACGGCCGUGGAGCGCCUCAAGGAGCGAUGCCUCAAGCACUGUGUCCCUGGAAGCCUGGAGGACCCCAAAUGUGUCACACACCAUAAGCUGAUCCACGCGGCUUCGGAGAAGGUGCUGAGCGACACCAAGACGGUGCUGGAGGAGAACGUCCAAGACAGAGAUGUGUUGGUGCUGGUGAGGAAAAGAGCGCCCCCGGCUCCCCCCAAAAUGGCGGACGUUUCGGCGGAAGAGAAACGGAAGCAGGAGCAGAAAGCGCCCGACAAGGAGGCCAUAUUGAAAGCCACUACCAGCCUACCGUCCCAUAGCGUGGACCGCAGUGUGGCUCACCACAACAUGCGAGAUUUCCAGACCGAACUCCGGAAGAUCUUAGUCUCGCUGAUCGAAGUUGCCCAGAAGUUGUUGGCGCUGAACCCGGACGCGGUGGAGCUCUUCAAGAAGGCAAACGCCAUGUUGGACGAAGACGAGGACGACCGAGUGGAUGAGAUCGCCUUGCGCCAGCUGACGGAGAUGGGCUUCCCGGAGAGCCGGGCCGUCAAGGCCCUUCGCUUGAACCACAUGUCUGUGACGCAGGCCAUGGAGUGGCUGAUUGAACAUGCCGACGACCCCGCAGUUGACGCCCCUCUGCCGGGUCAGCAACCCUCAGCGGCUGAGGAGAACCACGCCAACGGUGCCGGGACCUCCUCCUCCUCCUUGUCUGUGGGGCAAGCGUCCGGUGGGGCCAGCCCCGAGUCGAGCCAAGAGGAGCCCAAGGACGAGCUGACGGAGAUCUUCAAGAAAAUCCGCCGGAAAAGAGAGUUCCGCCCCGACCCCCGGGCCGUCGUUGCCUUGAUGGAGAUGGGCUUCGACGAGAGAGAAGUGGUGGACGCCCUCCGAGUCAACAACAACCAGCAGAAUGCCGCUUGUGAGUGGCUGCUGGGCGACCGGAAGCCCACCCCGGAGGAUCUGGACAAAGGCAUCGACCCCGCCAGCCCCCUCUUCCAAGCCAUUUUGGAAAACCCAGUGGUGCAGCUGGGACUCACCAACCCCAAAACACUCCUGGCCUUUGAAGACAUGCUGGAAAACCCAUUGAACAGCACGCAAUGGAUGAACGACCCCGAAACGGGGCCCGUCAUGCUGCAAAUCUCCCGCAUCUUCCAGACGUUGAACCGCACGUAGGAACCGAGGGUGGGAAGCCCUGUUGAUAUCCGCUGUGCCAUUUUUGAAGGACUUUCCCUCCUUUUGGGGGAGGGCAGAAAUCCAUGUGUUGGGUGUGUCAUUAUUAUUAUUAUUACGAUAAUUAUUUUACCCCUCUCCCUCCAUUACGAACUUUUUGUUUCCGUUUGCAGUGUGGCUUUCAUUUUCCUUUGAGCAGAAAAGGGCCCGAAAAAAAGUAGAUCUUUUUGGGAUUCAUAGUUCAACGGAGGAGGCCCUGGUUGUACUAUACAUCCCAAUUCAGGGCCAUGCUUUUAAACUCUUGGAGCGUGGCCACGUCGGUGGCGUUCAAGCCAGUUCCGUUUGGGGAUCGAUAAAAAGCAGGCAGUAUUUGGAAUGUCUUCUUCAGCUGUGUCUGUGUUGAAAAUGCAGAAGGCUUUUUAAAACCGGA